GCGGGGGCGGGGCGCGAGCCGGGUGCCCGGGAUGAUGCCGCUGCCGCCGCCGGGGAAAGGGUUCGGGUCCGGGUCGGGCUCUGUGGGCGCGAGGAACGGGACGACCUGGGGCGCGACGGCUGCAGCGCCAGCACACUGAGCGCCUGCCAGCCAUGUCCAGGAAGAAGACCUCCAAGAGCAAGGGGGCCAGCGCCCCCGCUGCCUCCACUCUGCCCGCCGCCAACGGGCCCCAACCAGCGCGCUCCGGGACUGCGCGCCCCGGCCCCGACGCGCCGCCCAACGGGCCCCCGCAGCCCGGCCGGCCCUCUCUUGGCAGCAGCGGUGGCGACUUCUACGACGUCGCCUUCAAGGUCAUGCUGGUGGGGGACUCAGGCGUGGGGAAGACCUGCCUGUUGGUGCGAUUCAAGGACGGCGCUUUCCUGGCAGGGACCUUCAUCUCCACAGUAGGCAUUGACUUCCGGAACAAAGUUCUGGACGUGGAUGGCGUGAAGGUGAAGCUGCAGAUGUGGGACACAGCCGGUCAGGAGCGGUUCCGCAGCGUUACCCACGCCUACUACCGGGACGCUCAUGCUCUGCUGCUGCUCUACGAUGUCACCAACAAGGCCUCCUUCGACAACAUCCAGGCCUGGCUGACCGAGAUCCAUGAGUACGCCCAGCACGACGUGGCGCUCAUGCUACUGGGGAACAAGGUGGACUCUGCCCAUGAGCGUGUGGUGAAGAGGGAGGACGGGGAGAAGCUGGCCAAGGAGUAUGGGCUGCCCUUCAUGGAGACCAGCGCCAAGACGGGCCUCAACGUGGACCUGGCCUUCACAGCCAUGGCAAAGGAGUUGAAGCAGCGCUCCAUGAAGGCUCCCAGCGAGCCCCGCUUCCGGCUGCAUGAUUAUGUUAACAGGGAAGGUCGCAGGGCUUCCUGCUGCCACCCCUGAACCUGGCUGAGCUCAGUCCUCCGGAAGAAACUGCCCAGCCUCCAGAAAGCUGCAGGUCUCCAGGCCCUUCUGACUUUGUUGCCCUGUGGCCAAUGCCAGAGUGUGUUUCCAGGAGCCCCAGGUCAAGCCUUGCCCCUUCCUCCUCCCAGCAGCAAGCAGUCCCAACAAGCGGGCUUCUGAGAGCCCAUGGCCUGGGCACUGGCCGCCACGGAAAAGCGGUCUUCUGUAACAGAGGGUGCGCACCAAGUGGACAGACCUUGCUACGGUGCUCUGCUGCCCCCUCCUGGGCAUGCCUGGGUGAGGCUGGGCCAGGGCUGGCACUAUGCACAGUGCCUAACCCCCUAGAAAAGCCAUGUGUUCACCUGCACACGCUGCUCAGGCAGGUAAGGGAGGAGGAUGCCUGCCCAUGCCUGGGACAGAGGGCUUCAUUGCUAAUCACAUUGUGCAUUUGUAUGUCCUGGGAGCUGCUCCCAGCCCACCCUCUAGGAGGCUCUGGCUCAAACAGCAGCAGGGUCUUCCUCAGUGACCUCGGAGGAUGCCUGUGGCCUUGUGAUAUAAUGUGGGAAAUCACAUAAACGCCAGAAAAGGGUAACUGCCAGUCCGGCCUGGCCACAGCUGAGGUCUGUGAUUUCCAAACAAGCUCCACCUUGCACUAAAGUUGGCCUUUUAAUUGCAAGCCUUUGUUUUCAGUCCUAGUGAAUAAAGUUGUGUUUUCUGCAG